AUGAUUAUUUUUUUAUUACUUCUAAUUAUUGCAUCCGCAUUAAAACAGAUUUAUUCAGCUAUGACAUAUAAACAUAAUCCACAGUCGAAGGACUUGUUAUCAAUGCAUUUAGGAAAACGUGGUGAAAGUGUACAUAAUAAAAAUGAUGAAAGAAAUCAGACUUCUGCAUCAGAAUUUGUCAAUAUUGAAAUGACAGAAAAGAAUGAAACGGAUGAAAAUUAUCUAAUUGAUAAUAAUAGCCAAUUAUAUCGACAACAAAUAUUAAAACCAAGACUGUUAACAAGUAUAUUACGUUCUAAUUCAUUAAUUAGUUCAACUCCAAAAACACAUAAAAGAGUUCAUAUUCAAGGAUUUUUUAACGAUUGUUUUGAACAAUCAUAA